AUGUCGAGCCGAGCAAACAAGGCGACGAUGCAUGAGCUCAAGCUCAGGAGGCUGCAGCAGCACAAUCAUAGGCUGAGGGAGGAGCUGGCGAGGCCGAGAGCGAUGGUCAGUGCAGCGAGUGCCAACCUGAUCAACCACUGCCGAGUCACCAAAGACCCUCUGAUCCCGUCGCUGUGGGGACCUAUCGGUAAGGGCGAAGACCCGUACGCGCCCGUCGAACAGGCUGGUGGAUGUUGCUCUGGCAUACGGCGCGUCGGUAUCCGCUCGCCCGGUACCCUGACGGCUGCAGCUGUCCAUGGGUGGAAAGGAACGAGGGAGCUGAAGCAUCAGAAGCAGAGGCCCCUCCUUGACCACCCGGAGCUGACCGAGUGGACGAGUGGAGGCAACAAGCCGAAGAACAUAUUCGUCAACAAUCUUUCAUCCAUCUUUCUCAAUCCCAAUACCAUCCGGAUCGCCAAGAUGCCUAGUGCCCUCGAGUAUGAGGAAGAGGAAGACCUCUUCGAGUCCGGCGGUGAAGAAGCCAUCCCCUUCGAGACAGUCAACAGCGCCGUCCCAGUUGCUGGUCCUUCUCGCCCCCGCCCACCCCCUGCUCCCGUAGUCCGAAGCUAUGACCUGCCUCCUCUACCGCCUGGAACCGCUUCCAAAGGGCUGAGGGUACCGGCCGACCUACUGCCACUCCUCAAGCCCUCGGUGGGGCUUCUGCAGGUCAAGCCGAGAUUGCUGGAGCUCAAGGAGAUGAGGAGGCAGAGACCGGUCGAGGUGCCUGCCAAAGGGCCGACAAGCCUAAAGCAGCAGUGUUUGGCGGUCAUCAAAGCAAAUUCUAUCAGAAUAUGGGACGUUGGAGAUACUCCAUACCACCUCAUAAAGGGCUUUAUCGAUAUCCUACCAGCCGAGCAGCUCGCAGCUAUCGAGGAAGCAUCACCUUCAAUACGACACGAGACCGACUGGCUAUGGGAGUACUUUCUCCUCACGGACUUUCCGGCUGCCCACGCCGACGCAACCAAGCGGAAGGGCGAGAACCGGACGAGUGGUUGGAGGAGGGUGUACAAAAGAGCGGCGGAGCAAGCUCGAGAUCGGCAAUUCCUGGCGGCCGAGCGGGUGGCGGAGCGAUACAAGGAGAUGGACAGGGAACGGGCGGAGAAGAGAAUCGUCGUCUUGGACAAGGUCAUACCACCUAAGCAGAAGCGAGGACAGGGAGGCGCGUUUGGCGCUCAGAAGGGUUUGACAGUAACGGCGAAAGCUACAGGCAUCGUUGGGAAAGCUCGAGCAGACGCUCAAAGAGCUCGGAUAGCCAUGACCCACGCUUCUGGGAAGUUCAUACCACCACCUGCUCCACGCGCUUCUUCAUCCUCAACGGCAACUCGUACGCCCAUACCGAUCGUAACGUUCAUCCGCGGUCAACCUGCACCUGUAGCGGUCGAUGGCCCUCGUAUACCCGCACCUCGAUCCAUGCCUCGGCCCGGUCCGAUCGCACCUGCACCUACGAGCCAGGGCCAAAUUCCCGAUCUCAUACCUGGCGCUAUCCCCAUACCCGAGUAUAACGCCCAGCGCGCAUCCCUACCCUCCCAUCUCGUCGGUAUCCCUCGGCCAGCCCCGGCUCCCGAGCCAGCGCGGUUCAGUACUGAUCUGAAGCGGAAGUUCAGCACGGUCCGGAAAGCCGAGGUGCCUAGCUUCAAGCCACCAGAAGUGAGGUUGACUACUGGAGCUAAGGCCGACUUUUUCGGUUCUGCGGGAUCGGGCGGAGGGGUCAAGCGGACAAGAAGUGGAGGAGAGGGGGAGGAGCCGUCACCUGCGAAGGCGCCUCGCUCGGCGGAGGUGGAUGAGGAACGGACGCCACGAUCGUCACCGGCAAGCGCAGCGAGUAGAGCAGGAGCUGGGUUUCAUACGGCUGGGCAUGGCGGAGGAGGACCACCGAAGCAUGGAGGCAUGUCUGCGGAGGCGGCGGAUAAGCUCAAGGGGGUCUUAUUUCGCUCGAAACCAAAGCGGAGAGCGGUGGGGCAGUAA